GGAACACAAACUAGAAACCAGCUGAUUUUUCAGUAGCGUCGUUUGUGUACUGUGCCAACUGUGCGUUUGGACACUUACACGCGUCGUUAAUUUACGAUAUUUCACCGGGUUCAAAGUGUUUCCAACCGUUUAAAAAUGUUGCCACUUUCACUACUCAGAACAGCACAGAAUCAUCCUAUGCUCGUUGAGCUCAAAAAUGGUGAAACGUACAACGGACAUUUAGUCAGUUGCGACAAUUGGAUGAACAUCAAUCUUAGGGAGGUUAUCUGCACAUCAAGAGAUGGUGACAAAUUCUGGAGGAUGCCGGAAUGUUACAUUCGAGGCAGUACUAUCAAAUAUCUUCGUAUACCGGAUGAAGUUAUUGAUAUGGUGAAGGAAGAUGUUCAAAUGAAGUCACGAGGCCGAGGGGAAAUGAAAGGCAGGGGUGGACAAAAUCAGCGAGGAGGAAGAGGAGGCGGAAGAGGCACAUUUGGAGGACGUGGUGGUCGGGGUCCUGCACCGCUUGGCCGAGGUGGUGGCAGUCAAGGAGGCAACAAAUUACCCAACAAACCAAGACCCAAAUAGUUUUCUAAUUAUCUUAGUUUUUUUUUGAUAUAUUUAAGAAAUGAUUAGGGUAAGGUGUGAAUGUAUUCCAAACGAUGAUCGUCCAUUGAAUGGACUCCAAUGAAAAACAAUUUCGCUCAGAUAAAAUACAAAGUUUCUAUAACAACCCGAA